AAGUGGCGAAGGCCCGUCUUGUCGGUGUGACGCCACGCCGAAGUGAGUCGACCAGAGCGCGGGAUACUUCCUGGGGACUUGGAAGAGCGGCCAGCUACAUUUUGCACCCGAUGCCAGUUAGUUAGUCGUGAUCUGGCGGUCCUCCUCGAAACAGAGUCAGCAAUUCAGUUCGGGACUCCCUGAGUGUGAAAUGUGAAUAGGUUGUUGUCUCACUAAAUUCUAAUUAUACUCCGAUCACAAUCACAAUUUGAGCUGAAUCUCACCCAAUUCAACACACAAUCCGAAGUAUUAAAUUAGGAUCUCUUAGCAGCAACCUAGUCAAGGAGACACACAGAAAAAAGCAAGAAUGGCUUACUCAUGGGAUAACCGAGUGGAUUUUGUCGUCCGAUUCAUGUAUGAUAUCGACAACAAUGGCUUCUUGGACGACAACGAUUUCCAGUGCAUGGCAGUGAGGGCUGCCGUGAUCGAGGGUAAGGGCAACGUCAAUGACGGCCGCCUCGGGGAAUACCGGCACAUCAUGAAGAGCCUGUGGGAGGAAAUCUCAGAUUUGGCUGACGAUGACAAGGAUGGAAAAAUCAGCACGGAGGAAUUCAAAGGUGCCGUGAAGAAGACAUGCGUAGGCAAACCCUACGAUGGAUUCCCACAGGCCAUGAAAGCCUUCAUUGAGGCUAACUUCAAAAUGAUUGACUUAAAUUCUGAUGGCGUCAUCAAUCUGGAGGAAUACCGCUACAACUGCAUCACAAGGAUCGCCGUAGAUGACAUCAAGGUCGUCGAUGAAGCCUACAACCGACUACUCAAUGAUGAUGAUAGGAAACGAGGUGGGCUCACCCUUGCUCGGUACCAGGAACUCUACAGCCACUACCUCGGCGGUACGGACGAGAAGAACCCCGGAGUCACCCUGUUUGGCCCACUCACCAACUAAGAAAGAAACAAAAAUUAAGGGAGCACGCACCCUCCGGCGCCACGUCCUUUUCCCUCAUCAGCUUUGCGUUUCACCUUGAAUGACGAGAGAAAAAAAUCACCAAAAAAAAUCAGAUACGAGAUUCCUUGUCAUAAGUUAGAGAGAAAAAAAAGAAAGAAAUGUAGGAAGAUAAAAAUUGAGAAAAAAAGCGUAAAAAGAUCACCAUCCAUCGAAUCGGGGCGACGUCGUUAGAAUUAAGUUAUUAAAUGCUAAUGGAAGAAAAAAAAAGAUAUUAUGAUUAAAAAAAAAUACAAUAAAUAUAACAUUAAAUGUUAAUUGUAUAUGAUGGUAAAUGUGAUUCCCAAAAAAACCGAUUUAUUAUAUUAGCAAAAGAGACUCUAAAAAAAAGUGUUGGAGGAAAUUCUUGCCCAUGUUGACGUUGAGAUUGAACUAAACAAAAAAAAAGUAGAUAAAAUAUUACAUAAACUACGUUCUAUGUUUGAUGUUUCUGUUGUUGUCGAGUUUAUUUUAUUGCAUUAUUACUUUCUAAGUUCGAAUUAAUAAAAAAAAACAUAUAGAAAAUAUAUUUGUAAUUGAAGAAAAAAAAACAAAAAUACGCAAAAACAAUUAACUCUGGAAGAUCAUUUUUUGCAAUAUUACCACACACCACACUUUAACAUCACAGAGAAGAAUAAAAAAGAAGUUUAAACACCAUGAAAACGUAACUAAAAAAAAUAAAAAUAAUUAUUAUAAAAAAAAGAUCUUGUAUGUGAAGAACAAAUUCUAUAGAUGGAAGAUUAAGAAUAAAUAAAUAAAUAAUAAAAAACGUAAUAAAUGUGCUACUAAAUGGUUAAUCGUGGAACAACUUGAUAGAGAUGAAAAGGUUACAGCAGCAGCAUAUUGAUAAAAAAGAUAGCGAGAGAAUCAUUUUUAAAUAAUUGUAUAAAUGUUUUAAGAUGGAGUUACAUGCUUGUCGUUUAUUUUUUUCACCCCCGCUAAAAUACACAUAUUUUUUCUCCGUGGACAUUUUUAAGGCUUCUUCUUCGUCUCACCAGCAGACAAAAUAAAAAAAACAUCUAAAAAAUAAAAAUAAAUGUCCUAAAGAAGAAAAAAUUUGUCACCCUGUGUUGAGUUUUUUUCUCUGCGUUCAUUAUCCCACCCACCUCCCCUACAAAGAAAACCACCCCCGUCGAAAACUUCCUCCCAGUCAAAAUUCAAAAAGUAGUUUGAGAGAAAAUAGAGAACCCCCCAAUUGCCUUUUUUGUAGCCUUAUGUUAAGUAAAGAAAAAAAAUUGAAAAAUUAAAAAAAAAACAACGAAGAUUCCUCCACCGAGUGUCCCCACCCCCACUCACCCAACAAACACACAGAAAACUCCAAAAAAUUCCAUUCGCGAACGUCAAUUCCUUUUAUUUUAACACAAUGGAAAAAAAUCUCUUUAAAAAAAAGAAAAUUAAAGAUGAGUGAAAGUAAGUUUUAGCUUGUGAAAAGAUAGAUGGAUUUAAUUGUUAAGGGCAAGAGAAAUUACACACAAAAAACAAAAAUAAUCCCAAGAUGAGAAAAUGUUCACAAAACUUUAAAAAAAAAUCGUGUUUCGUACCAAAAAAAAAAGUCCAAAUUUAGUGGAAAAAAAGCAACUUAUGAUGAUGUGUCUCUUUAAUAUGGAACAAGAUGAAAAAAAAAAAUGGAAAUAAAUUAAUUGUAUAAAAUGGGUUGAGAAAA